AUGGAAGAAGAGACCUGCUUGGACUGCAAGAGACCAACCAUAAUGGUGGUUGAUCACAGUAGCGGUGACACCAUCUGUUCGGAGUGUGGCCUUGUCCUCGAAGCUCACAUCAUCGAAUACUCUCAGGAAUGGAGAACUUUCGCAUCCGACGACAAUCACAGUGACAGAGACCCAAACCGUGUUGGUGCUGCGACAAACCCUUUUCUCAAAUCAGGCGAUCUUGUCACCAUCAUCGAGAAACCUAAAGAAACCGCUUCCUCUGUUCUGUCCAAAGAUGACAUCUCCACUUUGUUCCGUGCACAUAAUCAAGUCAAGAACCAUGAAGAAGACCUAAUCAAGCAAGCCUUCGAAGAAAUACAGAGAAUGACCGAUGCACUAGACCUAGAUAUCGUAAUCAACUCUAGGGCUUGUGAGAUUGUCUCCAAAUAUGAUGGUCACGCUAACACCAAAUUACGUAGAGGGAAGAAGCUAAACGCUAUAUGUGCAGCCUCUGUUUCAACGGCUUGUCGUGAACUGCAACUCUCGAGGACAUUGAAAGAGAUCGCUGAGGUUGCCAAUGGUGUGGACAAGAAGGAUAUCCGGAAAGAGAGUCUGGUGAUAAAGCGUGUUCUUGAGUCACAUCAAACCUCCGUGUCUGCUUCUCAAGCGAUUAUCAACACCGGAGAACUCGUUCGCCGGUUCUGUUCCAAACUUGAUAUAAGUCAAAGAGAGAUAAUGGCGAUUCCAGAAGCGGUUGAGAAAGCAGAGAAUUUCGAUAUCCGGAGAAACCCUAAGUCAGUUCUUGCAGCAAUUAUCUUCAUGAUCUCUCAUAUAUCUCAGACCAACAGGAAACCUAUUAGAGAAAUUGGCAUCGUUGCGGAAGUUGUGGAGAAUACGAUCAAGAACUCGGUUAAAGAUAUGUACCCGUACGCCUUGAAGAUUAUACCUAACUGGUAUGCUUGUGAAUCAGACAUCAUCAAAAGGUUAGAUGGUGUCAUCACGUCCUGGGAUUCUGCAAAAUUUUCAGUAUAA